GUUCCUUUUUAUGAGGCAACACUCAUUGAAGCCAUCAUAUCAAUGAUAUACUUUCAUGACGUUUAUUCUCUAUUCGACUGUCAAAAGAUUUCUUCAAAACAUUUCGAUUUUAUAAAUUCUGUAAAAUGUCUGCCCGGCAGGCUAUACAAGUUGGCACAAAAACUGUAAAACCAGUGCUCUCCUCUUCUCAAGGAGAGGCUAGAUCAAGAGUUUUGAGUCUCUACAAAGCGUGGUAUCGUCAAAUUCCAUACUUGGUUAAGGAUUUCGACAUCCCAAAAUCUGAUGAACAGUGCCGAGCUAAACUGAAGGAGAUCUUUUUGAAAAAUAAGGAUGUCACUGAUAUCAGAGUUAUUGACAUCUUGGUAAUCAAGGGCCAAAUGGAACUCAAAGAAUCAGUGAAAAUGUGGAAACAAAAAGGACAUAUUAUGGCAUAUUUCAAACCAACUGAGGAGCCAAAACCAAAAGAUUUCCUCUCAAAAUUCUUCUCCAGUAAUGAAUAAUCAUGCGUAAUGUUUGUAUGUAAAUAGUAGAAAAAAUGAUUCAAAUAUAAAAUUACAUAAGUGUUAAAAUAUUCUAAA